AUGAACGACAUGCACAUUGCUCAGACGGAAGGACGACGACUAAGCGUCCCAUCGUGUAACAGCACCGGUUCACUCACAACGGUUAGCGAUGGUAAGGCUGCAGUGCGCGAAAAAGCGUCGUAUCAUGGGGGUCCAUUGGUGUGGCGUGUAUCGGAGGGUUCAUCGUUGGCAAUCGUUGGUUGCCGCUGUUGUCGGAUGAAUGCGUGA